AUGGGGACUCGACGUAGAGCGAGAGUCGCCGACAUAAAGAAAUUGAGCAAGCGACUCCAGCGUCGGAACAAACGCAUCAAGAAGCUGAUCAGCCAGUUGAAAGCCGCAAAUGCAGCAUUUGUUACGUCCCAUGAAGAGAACAUAGGACUCAAGGACGAGAUUGUGGCGCUGAAAAUCGACUUACACACACUGAAGCACAAAGAAGCUACAGAAGAAGCUACGGAAGGCAAAGGGUCUGAUACCUCCGAGGAGUCGGUCGACCUUUCCUUCGUCCCGGUUGAAGACAAACAGGUUGAGUCAACUCCGGUUACUGAUGACGAUGACGAGGGUUCGGACAAUCAGACAGCGGGUGAAUCAUAUAUCGCGACUCCUUUGGUUGGAUCUUCCACCACUCCUGCGACGACGGGACCUACGUAUCGGUUCUUCAGCCCUGUUCUUAUCGUAAAGGCGGAUGGAUUGCCCGACUUUCAAAACUAG